UCCUUCCUCUGCGGCUCCAAACUCGCCGCUCGCCCGCUGCGGAGUCCGCCGCCUGCAGGCAGCGCGACCAGCAACCAGCGCAGCAUUUAAUCCGUGGUUGUGUCGCAGGAAUCAGAUUAUUGGGCAGGUAAACUGGAUUCUGACGUAGAGAGGGGGGCUUAAACCCAGACAGGGAGGCAGUGGCAGAGGAGCGUCGCGGCCAGAAGCAGCAGCGGGUUCCGGCGAAGGGAUGCAGCUCAGCCAGGCUCCUCCUUUCCUCUUCUCUUAAAGAGCUGGACAUGACUGCCGGGAUAAAUCUCUGCGGCUGAGCGGAACGGAGGAACCGCCUUCAUCAUGGCUUCGUACCUGCAGAUCCCAGACGAUGAGAAAGGACACGAUCUAGAGCUCUUCUGCGUGCCCAGACAUUAUGAGAGCGACUUGGACAAGGUGAUCAUCCCCCAUGGCCUCAUCAUGGACAGGACGGAGCGUCUGGCCCGCGACAUAAUCCGGGACAUGGGGGGACACCACAUCGUGGCUCUGUGUGUCCUGAAAGGGGGCUACAAGUUCUUUGCGGAUCUCCUGGACUACAUUAAAGUGCUCAACCACAACAGCGAUAAAUCAGUGCCACUGACGGUGGAUUUCAUUAGAGUGAAGAGCUACUGUAAUGAUAAGUCAACAAACAGCGUCAGAGUGAUAGGAGGAGACGAACUUUCCAACCUCUCAGGGAAGAAUGUUUUAAUUGUCGAGGAUAUCGUGGAGACGGGAAGGACGAUGCAGACGUUACUUUCCCUGCUGAGUGAAUGUAAUCCCAAGAUGGUUAAAGUUGUGAGCCUUCUGGUGAAGAGGACCCCGAGGAGUUCGGGCUACAGGCCAGACUACAUUGGUUUUGAAGUGCCGGAUGCCUUUCUGGUGGGCUACGCGUUGGACUACAAUGAGUACUUCAGAGACCUCUGUCACAUCUGUAUACUGAACGAUCAAGCCAAGGAGAAGUACAAAGUAUGAGUUCAGAGCGUCGCAGAUUGUUGAUUCCCUGGAGACUUGGACCACUGUGACGGGCCCUGCUUAGCUUUAUUGUGUUUUUGAAUCUUAUUUAUUUUUCUACACGACGAUCCACAAAACGUGACCUGCAGCUUGUUGCGCACCUUAAGAACAUUUCUCUACGCCCUUCUUUAAAAAGUGGGAUCAAAUAUUUACAUUGGGUAUAUUUCUGUUGUUGGAUUUUAAUUAUUUCCCUUAUUUAUGUUUUAUAGACUUUAGCUGUAAAUUGAAGUUAUGUUCAAGAAACGGAGAAGAUUGUCUGUUUUUGAUUAACUCUGGCUUUCUAAUCAAGUCUUCAACCAGAGAGUGUUUUGGUUUCAAAUCUAAAUGCUGACAAAUCUCGUCGCUCCAUAAAUUUCUUUGAAAUACAAUAAUUGCUUUAUUUAUUAUUUAAUGUUUUCAUUGAAGACGAGUUUACAACAACACAACUUCCAUUAAAACAGUGAAUGUUU